ACCACCCAGCUUGUCCUGUGUCCACCGUUUUGCGUUCCAUUCUCGGGGAAUCAACAGGCAACCGCCCACCUCCGUCAAGACUCACGGCAAACAAUAAGCGAUACCACUGAACCGCACGACGCCGUUUGUUACAUCCUCUGCAAUAUCAAUCAUCGUCCUCUCUUUCAUAUUGGACCUAAGCAACAGUGAACCGAGGAGCUCGUUUUGUUUUUCGUAUACAAAGACCAAAAUGUUUACGGUCAAACCGGCCGGUCCUCCCAAGUCUGACAUCUCCGGCGGAGUACUCAGGACAUCUCCGGCUUUCUUCGGUGAAAGCAGCAUAGCCCCUAUUCGGAGGACUCAGUUACCGGUAUUCGGUUCUCGGGUCAACAGGAACGGGCUAAUCCGGGCCGUGAUCAGCAGUGGCGACAAGACUUUGGAGGCUGCUAGUACCCUGGAAGGCAAAGAGAGUAAUGGGUCUUUGUUGUCUUCGGGAGGAGGGAUCGAAGUAAGGGCGGUGGUGACUGUGAGGAAGAAAAUGAAGGAGACGAUCACGGAGAAAGUAGAGGACAAGUGGGAGUUCUUUGUCAACGGAUUUGGCCAGGGCAUCGUCAUUCAGCUUAUAAGCGCAGAGAUUGAUCCCGUUACCAAUUCAGGAAAGAGUGUCCAGUCCUCUGUACGGGGCUGGUUGACGAGGCCAUUAAACAAUUCACAAAUUGUUGAAUAUGCUGCUAAUUUCACUGUCCCGAAUGACUUUGGGUGUCCUGGGGCCAUUCUCGUUACAAAUCUUCAUGGCAAGGAGUUCUACUUAUUGGAGAUUGUCAUUCAUGGUUUUGAUGGAGGCCCCAUCUUCUUCCCAGCUAAUACGUGGAUUCAUUCACGGAAAGAUAAUUCUGAAAGUAGAAUUAUUUUCAAAAAUCAAGCAUACUUACCGUCACAAACACCUCCUGGCAUUAAAGAUCUUCGAAAUGAAGAUUUAUUGAGCAUCCGUGGAAAUGGGAAAGGCGAGAGAAAGCCCCAUGAUAGGAUUUAUGAUUAUGAUCUUUAUAAUGAUUUGGGUAAUCCAGACAAGGACAUAGAUCUUGCUAGGCCAGUUCUUGGUUGCGAAGAGAGGCCUUAUCCCAGGCGCUGUAGAACUGGCCGACCUCCAACAAAAUCAGAUCCAUUUUCUGAGACUAGGAUCGAAAAGCCCCAUCCAGUGUAUGUUCCACGGGAUGAAACUUUUGAGGAGAUUAAGCAGGAUACUUUCUCCACUGGAAGGUUGAAAGCUGUUCUCCACAAUCUUAUACCAUCCAUUGCUGCUACUUUGUCAAGUUCAGACAUAUCUUUUAAGUGCUUUUCUGAUAUCGACAAGCUAUAUAAUGAUGGUGUUAUCUUGAAAGAUGAUGAGAAUAAAAAUGUAGUUGAGAAUCUAUUGCUGGGUAGGAUGGUGAAACAGGUUAUGAGCGUGGGCCAAAGGUUGUUGAAGUAUGAAACGCCAGCCAUUAUAAAAAGAGAUAGAUUUGCUUGGCUGCGAGACAAUGAGUUUUCACGUCAGACUUUAGCUGGACUCAAUCCAGUGAACAUUGAGAUUUUGAAGGAAUUUCCAAUUCUCAGCGAGCUAGACCCUGCUGUCUAUGGUCCUCCAGAGUCGGCUCUCACAAAGGAAUUGAUAGAGCAAGAACUCAAUGGAUUGAGUGUAGAAAAGGCUAUUGAGGAAAAGAGACUGUUUAUACUUGAUUACCAUGACAUGCUUUUACCAUUCAUCAAGAAGAUUAACUCCUUGCCUGGAAGGAAAUCUUAUGCUUCUAGGACAAUUUUUUUCUAUACCAAGACUGGUUUGCUGAGGCCUAUAGCUAUCGAGCUUUCGCUUCCUCCAGCGCCUUCCUCACCUCAAAAUAAACGUGUUUACACUCAUGGGCAUGAUGCUACCAUGCAUUGGACUUGGAAGCUAGCCAAAGCUCAUGUUUGCUCAAAUGAUGCUGGUGUCCAUCAACUAGUGAAUCACUGGUUGAGGACUCAUGCUUGCAUGGAACCUUAUAUAAUUGCAACUCAUAGGCAGCUCAGCUCAAUGCACCCCAUUUACAAGCUGCUUCACCCCCAUAUGCGCUACACCUUAGAAAUUAAUGCACUCGCUCGGCAAAGUUUGAUAAAUGGAGGGGGAAUAAUUGAGGCUUGUUUCAGUCCGGGAAAUUAUGCCAUGGAGCUUAGCUCUGCAGCCUACAAGAGUUUGUGGCGAUUUGACAUGGAGGCAUUGCCAGCGGAUCUUCUUAGGAGAGGCAUGGCAGUGGAGGAUCCUUCGAUGCCAUGUGGUGUGAGACUUGUAAUUGAAGACUACCCUUAUGCUGCGGAUGGCCUACUCAUAUGGUCCGCAACUCAAGAAUGGGUGGAAAAUUAUGUGAACCAUUUCUACACUCAGCCAAAUUCUGUCACAUCUGAUCUUGAGCUGCAAGCCUGGUGGAAUGAAAUCAAGAACAAGGGUCACUAUGACAAAAGGAAUGAACCCUGGUGGCCUAAAUUGAAUACCAAGGAGGACUUAUCCCGCAUUCUUACCUCAAUGAUUUGGAUUGCUUCAGGUCAGCAUGCAGCUAUCAACUUUGGGCAGUAUCCUUUUGGAGGAUAUGUCCCUAACCGUCCUACCCUUACGAGAAGACUCAUUCCACAAGAAAAUGACCCUGAUUAUGAGAAGUUUAUUCAUAACCCUCAGCACACUUUCCUGUCUUCUCUGGCAACUCAACUUCAAGCAACCAAAGUAAUGGCAGUUCAAGACACCCUGUCGACGCACUCUCCAGAUGAAGAGUACUUGGGUCAGGUGAAUCGGCUACACAGCCAUUGGAUCAAUGACAAUGAAGUUUUAAAAUUGUUCAAGAAAUUCUCUGCUAGAUUAGAGGAGAUAGAGGAGAUAAUAAAUGCAAGGAACAAAGACAAUCGUCUCAGAAAUAGAAGUGGUGCAGGUAUUCCUCCCUACGAGCUGCUCCUUCCAUCAUCAGGUCCUGGAGUCACGGGUCGUGGAAUCCCGAAUAGCAUUUCCAUCUGAUGGAUUUAGCUGAUGCGAAGUUUUUGUAGGGUUCUCAUGUCACUAUAGUUGGCGCCAUACUUGGUGCUCACCAUUGCUUUGUCAGAAAAACAAAAGCCUUACAAUGUAGGCGUCCUUUAAAAACAUUCUCCACGUUCAGCAAUGGCCCCGUUCUAUUUAGUAGUGUUUUUGUAAGUUCUGAAUGGUCCGUACUUGUUACUGAAGAUGGUGUGAACUGUACAAAUACAUUUGUAUAAACGAAAAAUUUGGUCUACCAA